CCUGGGAAGACGCCACGCACAGGCAGAUGGAGAUUCGUGGCCCCCCUUUCAUCCACACUGACGUCCAGGACCUGCUGGAGACGCUAAUGGAUACCUUUCUGUGGAGCAUCUUGCCCAACAGUCCAUAUGGAGGCCCAAUUUCCUAUCCUAACUGCUGUUCAACAACUAGAUUGUCACCUUCUGAAGAAGCAACAAGAAAGCAGGAGGGCCUUACCCACUAUAGUGAAAAAUUCUCAGGAAGUCUUUCACCAGCUCACUCCCGACAGCUGGGCCUCCCAGACCCACGAGUCAGUCUCCAGCGGCCCAGGAGAUAUAAUCAUCCCUGAGCCCUGGGAGCAACAUCCACGAACAAGCUUCACACGACACCGGGCCACACUGCCCUCCAGGAACCAGCCGUCUCUGGGCAGGGCGCAGGCGCAGGGCAGAUUUCCAAGGGCAGGGCAGGCAACGGAGAAGCAAGGGGACUCCUGGCCUUCAGCCUUUGCAGGUGGAAGCAGCCAGGAUGUACAGGACAUGGAGUCCAAGGGCCCAGCAACAUUUCAGAUAUGGAAAUGCCCGAGCCUGGAUCUGGCGUACUGUCCAGGGAGUGACUCAGAUCCAUCUUGCAAUUCAGACCGCUCCCUAGUGGUGCUCCCAGGGGCCAGAUCUGAGGAGGAGUCAGAAAGCGACUGGAUGAAACCCUCAAGAAGUGACACAAGAAAUGACUUACCAGGAAGCUCAGACAAGGAGCAUGUAGAAGACAUCCUGAAAGUCCACUUGAGCAGGAAGUUGGAGCAGAUUAAGGACGGCAGGAUCCCUGUGAGUGUUCAUCAUUCCAGGCUUGCUACUGACCGAGCCUUGGCCCCUUCUGAAAACGCAAACACUCAUGUGGAAACUGGCAAUCUAGCAUCCUCAAAGGGUCAGGAAUCCUGUGAAGACACCUCUCGGGAACUUCUCCUUGAUCCAGGCCAUAAGCCUGUGCUGGAAGCACAUGUUAGAAGGUUUCGGGUGAGGCACAGGUGGGGCCUGCCCCUCAAGAUUCUCAAGAUGAAAAAUCUCUUUAUGUUGAGAAAGGCUCAACCUCCACCCCUUCCACUCUCCACCUUUCCCUCCUGGGCCACCUGUGAAUCUAGGGAUAACUCCACAGCCGAGGUUGUCAAGUUCCUGGGAGAAGAUCCUGGGGAAGGUCCGGGAGAGGAGGAGAUAACAGAAAUGUCAGUCCUCACCCUGACUGGUCUUCUCCCUGCCCCCUCACCUGUGGGAGAGAAUGUCCAGAUGGACCUGAGAGAGACUCAGUCUGGUGACGACUGUGGACACUCAGAAGCUCCUUCUACUGCACAGGAGGGCAGGUGGCCUCCUCAGCCCCUCACAUGCAGAACCUGGCACAGUGAGGCAGUUCUGGGGCCCAGGAGAGGCAGCCCAGAGCGGAGUCCAAGUCCAGCAAUGGCCAGGAGUGAGCCGUGGGAGGAAGAGGAGAGCAUGGCCUCAGGAUACUUCCAUCGUAGUGAGUCAAUGCUGCAGCUCACCGUAGGGUCCCAGUCUUCAGGGGCCGAGGAGACCAAGGAGCCAGUGGAGGCUGAGGAAGAGAAACGCCCUGCUUGGGAAGCCACCUUGGGAGCCAGCGUGAGGGCAGACUCCCACACCCUUAAUGUCAACCUGAGCUCAGGGUCUCUGAGCAACAGCAAAAGCUCCCAACCCUCUAUAGUUUAUGUCCCCCAGGUGCCAGAAGAGCUAUGCCUUAAUGCUCCAAGUGUUAGUGAGUGUGAGCUCGCAGUGGAGGUGGAGCCAGAGAACCAGCCUCAAGGCCCUGCCCCAGAUGUCCUCCUCCAAGACCACACCACUGGUGUCCUCCUUGGAGACUGUGACCCUGACGUUCUGGCUGUAGACAUCUGGGCCUUUCCGGCCACUCUGUCCAGCCCCCACAGCAAGUCCACUGCUGACAUGGGGGUGCCACGUGAGAGUCUCAGCAAGCGUUCUGGCCCUACUGACGAGAGACAGCGCUGCAGGAGGCCCAAGCCAGGGGGGCAAAAACAAAGGUCUGCAAGACCAAGGACCACCUCCCAAACCAAUGGUAUAAGCCGCCCUUCCCAGGACAGGGAAUUAGCACAGCCACUAAGAAGCAAGUCCUCCCAGCUCCUGCCAAAUAAAAGACAGGCUUCCACAGGAAGCUUCUUUAGGAACAAGAUGAGGCAGUUUCUGCAGUGGAUUUUCCCCAAGAAAAACACAGGGCAGGGAGAGCCCCGGCAAAACCGUAAACCUGCAUCAGCCACUGCCCAGUGCUCAGGACGGGUCACAGGCAGAUCAUUUACGGACGCCAGAAUGGAUAAAGUGCGGGGGCUCGUGAGCACUGUCGGACAGAUCCUAGAGGAGGAAACUGGGCCCAUCCAUGAACUUCCUGCCUCGAAGGGAAAUCGGUACAGAGAGGAACUCCAGGCCACAGUGGGUGGGCGUUACAGCCACCACAGAGGCCCCUCCCACCCGCAGCAAAGGAGAGUGAUGAGUGAUUCUGCCUGCAGUCACCAAGCCACUCCUGUGGGCCACAGCUCUCCUGUCAAGAACAGGUGGGUCCGAGACAAGAACAGCAACCGGGCCCCCCCAGCCAGGCCCUGCCAGCAUUGGCCAAGGGUGGUAAGAGCCUCCAACCACGCUGUCGGCUGCCCCAGGCACUAUUGUCUACCUAAAGGUGUCUUGCCUGGUCAACCAGAUCACACUUCUCCCACCUUUCCUGGUGAGCGAACCUUUCUCUCAGAAGUCCAGUUCCGGCAGAGAAAACGAGUUCUGUCCUAUGGCAGCACAUCCCCGAUGUGCUAAUGGCUCCUCCUACUGAGAUGUGUGAUCCUUCCAAUCAGAUUGUGUGUUUUCUCAUCA